CCGAAAGCAAAACCUGCCCGCCCGGUCCUCCGCGCAGCGAAGGCGCCUUCCUCUCCGCCAUGGCAUCAGCUUUGAGAAUCAAGGAAUUCACAGCUUCUGAAAGAACUAUAGUAGUUGCUGGUCUUCCUGAGAACCUUGUUAGUAAUCAAUUAUUGGCCACAUUUGUGAAGAGUCACUUCCAAGAUAUUAAGAACGAGGGUGGUGAUGUUGAAGCGGUGAUCUAUCCAACAAGAACCAAAGGAGUUGCAUAUGUAAUAUUCAAAGAAAAAGAAGCUGCAGAGAAUGUUGUGAGAAAAAAGGAGCAACGCCUAGGUAGGAAGGCCGGAUACGCUCAAAUCACAGUCUCUCAUCUAAGUGAAAAGGUUUUCAGCUCUAUAAAGGCUCUCCUGGAUCUCUCCAUUUUUCAGGAUCAGUUUGUACUAGAAAGGCUGGUCAUGGAUCUAGAAAAGGAAAACCCUACUUUAUGCUUCAGUUCUUUGGAACCCAGUGGAAGGAUCUACGUGGAAGGAUCGCUUCUCGCUCUCAAGAAGCUCCACGAGUCUCUGCUAACAAAAGCCCUUUCUCUUUUAGAAAGAAGUAGGAAUUUCUCCAAGGCGGGGAGAAAGUGGAAUACUCAGAGCCCCCAGAAGCUUCCCGAGAAAAAUGCCAACUCGGUGGCCACACUCAAGACUCUCAUUCCUGUGUCUGUAGGAAACAGAGAAACACUCGUGCUGGACACAGAUAUUUAUCUUUACCUCAAACAGAAGUGUGAGCUUUAUGAAAACACCCUGCGAAGAUUUUGUAUUCACAUUCAGGAGAGGGUGAGUGGUGAGCUCACCACCAUUCACCUAAGAGAUGCCCAGGAUGGGUCCAAGCCUGGCAGCGCCCAGCGAGGGAGGCAGCUCAUCCAGGAGUUGACCCAGAACCUUCUCCUGGAGCUCCGAAAAGAGACUUUUAUUUUGGAAGGAAAGACAAAGAGAGAGAGAAACGAUCUUACACAGAGGAGAAGCAAAGAGAACUUAGAGAAACUAAAGCUCUUACCCAAAGUUAACUAGCUGAUAAGGAAUGAUAGUUUAAUGUAAUGUAUCUGAAAACAAAGAUACUAUGUAAAUAAAAUUUAUCUAAAUAGUACUACCUAACAAUGUUAUUUAAAUCUAAUAAUAGUAUUUAUCAAAAUAAAUAAUAUCUAAAUAAAAUGUCUUUUUUCUGUAACUCCAAAUUAUUAGAAAAAAUAACUUCAUUGUAACAAGUGGGAACUUUGGAUGACGAUUAUUAUAUUGAAUGUUUACACAGUUUGCUUUUACUCCAUGUAAAAUUAGAAUGCUGGAAAAGAAUCACCUGGAAAAU